AUUUGAUCCAUUCGUGCGAAAUACUCGUGUCUGUAGCAAUAUCACAAUUGAAAAUUACUUGAUCUCAUCGCAAACACACACACACAGACCGAUACGAUGAUUUUAAGUGCGCCAUAAUCCAUAAGACUCAUUGCUAUUCGUUGUGGUGUCACACACAGAGAUUGCGAUUUACUCACCAAGAUCAGCCACAUAUUUCCAAGUCAUUGUCGAAAAACUCAUCGAAAGACAUCCAAAGGCUAAAUAUAGUUGGUAUGCCAUUGAUUGUGUCACAUUAGCUGAUUGAAUCCAGUGCCAGAAGCAAUCAGCGCCGAGACUCAGUGCCGAGUGGUCAGUGUGUCAAUUGUUUUGAAGCUAGUUCCCUUUUUUUGGGUGGAAAAAGUGCGAAAAUAAUCAUGAAUCGAAUCAAUUGGAUAGUGUUAUUUGUGGUUUUGUUGGUGAUUUUCUCACAAGAUGUGACUGGCCGACGUGGUCGUGGCAGAGGACGCUCUAGAUCAAGAGCGCAAAUUGGUUUACCAAUCACAGGCAAAUACAGAGAUCCAGAGUCUGAUCAGUAUUACAACAACAACAAUGGUGCGAAAAUAUUGCAAGCAUCACAUUUUGAUUAUGAAUACGUGUUGGGCCAUAAAAUCGCAUUUUUAUGCGUUGCCAUAGGGAAUCCACGACCACACAUCACUUGGCUGAAAGAUGGCUCGGAAAUUUUCCAACAUUUGUAUAUGCACGUACACGAGUGGCGAAUAGGCGAUGAUAAGGUCAAAUCGAAAAUUGAAAUUGAUCCGGCCACACAAAUGGAUGCUGGCGUAUACGAGUGUACAGCUGACAACAUGUACUCUAUUGACCGUAGGAGUUUCAAGACCGAUUUUUCAAUUGCAUUCGAUUAAGAAUGGAUCUAACGACGUCAUCAAAAUCUACAACGACCUUUUUGCGAAAGAACCAGCGGUUUCGAUAUAUAUAUAUACACACACACAAUCAUACGACAACAAAUUUAUCCAAACGAUAUAAACACUUUUCAAAUUUAUAUCAAACGGAUUCUCGAACGAACGUUUGUUACCCGCUUUUUUCGAAAAUGUUUUCAUAAUAAAAGGUCUGCAGAGAUUUUUAGCCAAAACAAAAAGAA